UUCGUAUCUAGUCGUAUGAUUUGUAUCAGCGCAAAGCGGCUGUUAAGAAAGAAGCUCUCUGACUGCGUGGAUUGCGUCCAUGGCAAGCGGAUACAGCAAGGCCCGUGCAAAAGCAUGUAUCCGACUGUUGUGGCUGCUGGCUGCAGUCCUAGUGGUGACGACGAUCUACAUCAUCUGCAACAGAAUGAAGCACAGCUCACUGUUGCCUUCUUGGAACAUCGCUACAUACACCAUAGGUCACAGCAGUGCCGCUGAUGGACAUUCCCGUCAUCAACAUACGGAAAAAGUAAAAUUGAAAAACAUAACGACUUCCGUCGCCGCUCUCGCAAGCUCAACCCCGCCUUCGACGCAACCCGAACGUGUGACCGAGGUCGUUCAAGAACAUGCCUCGGCGAUCCAAACUACAAAGGCGUCGAAAAGGGCAGAGACAAGCACGACAGCUGCAGCCCCGAUCGGUGCUAAUGUUACAGAAACCUUCUUAAUGAAACAUCUAGUCAAUUAUAGUGCACACGAUGAUGCUAAUACUACAGCGAAGUCCGCAGCCUCAUGGAGCAAGACAAACUACUCCUUUGGCACUAACAUUACGAAGCCCAUGAAAGCCGUGCUACUGAAGCAAUUCGCAGACACCGACCCUCAACAAAAACGCUCGAAAGUGGAGAGGAUACUGGAAGUCGCCUACUUCCGUUCGGGAUCCUCCUUCCUGGGUCAGCUACUCUCGGCGAAUCCACGGACGUUCUACCACUUCGAGCCACUAAGGACGUUGCCCGUAGGUCCCCGGCUGUACGGCAGAGAGGCCCUUCGAGGGCUCGAUUACAUCACGGAUUUCUUCGGCUGUGAUUUCGCCAAACAUUUGGACCACCUUCGGCUGGGCAUAAAGUACCCGCACCCCUUUAGACAGAACACUUACCUGUGGAGCGUGUGCAAGGGCAUCAAACGGGUCUGUCUUGAUCCCGAGUUUCUCAACGCUGUCUGCAAGGCGGCGCCGAUGCAGGUUAUGAAAGUGGUGCGCAUCGGAAUGGAUACCGUACGGCGUUAUUUACUGGAUGGGCCGAUGGCGGCUGCGGAAGAACUCAGGGUGGUACACUUAGUACGCGACCCGCGCGCCAUCUGGCUGUCACGUCAGCGACGCAAGUGGUGUCGUCCUAGAUGUGCCAGCGCCACCAUGCUUUGCAACGAUAUGAAGCACGACCUAGACAUCUUCGAGAAUAUUAGCCGGGGGUUUCCCGGUCGGGCGAUACAGGUGCGUUUGGAAGACCUUGCUCUGAACACGCUAAACGUUACCUCGGAGAUGUACAACGCACUCGGACUGCCUUUGACAACGUCAGUUAGACAGUUCAUCGAUUCCCACACCCACGAGACAAACGUCAAAGUACAACGCGACGCGUACGCUACCUCCAGAAACUCCAAAGACGUGGUCAACGCUUGGAAGCGACAAAUCAGGCCCGAGGACGCUUUGCACAUCAACACGGCCUGUGCCCACGUGAUCAAAAGGCUGGGUUACGAACUCUGACGUUCGCUACCCACACUGGUAGCUUUCCACGUUAUGUGUUGUGCUGCUAAGUUCUGGCGAACCUGUUUGAUUCGUGGCCAUGGCAGCCCCAUUUCGAUGGGGGUGGAAGUAGAAAGAGCACUCGCGUACUUAAUUAUUCAAGGAACCCCUGGUGGUCAAAAUCAAUACGGAGUCCCCUACUACGACGUGCCUCGUAAUCAUAUCGUGGUUUUGGGAGGUGAAACUCCAGCAAUUAAUAAUUCUGACGUUCGGAGUGAAUAACUUAAGGGUUCAGAGUCAACAACUUCAGGAACCUGAAGUACACGUCGGUCAGUUCCGUCAAGCAAGCAUUUACCAGGCGACCUUAAUGCCCAUAUUAGGCUACUAGGAUAUUCUCGUUGUGGUGUCGCAGGUCGCUCUCUAGAAUUUUUUUUAUUAUUCUGGUACGGUUGCUCUGAAUAAAGUAAUGUCACAG